GCGGCGCCGCCGCCAAGCUCCGUCCGCGUGCCAGUCGAGUCAGCCAAGGAGGCGUCCGGGCGGGCGCGGCGCGGCGCGGCAGCGAUGGGGAACGCGGUAGCUCGGGAGGACUUCGAGUGGGUUUAUACGGACCAGCCCCACGCCGAUCGCCGCAAAGCGAUCCUAGCUAAACAUCCAGAAAUAAAAGCUUUAAUGAAGCCAGACUACAACUUGAUCUGGGUGGUUGUACUGAUGGUUCUUGGGCAGUUGAUUGCAUUUUAUCUAGUUAAAGACUUGGACUGGAAAUGGGUUAUGUUCUGGGCGUACGUUUUUGGCAGCUGCAUCAGUCACUCAAUGACUCUGGCUAUUCAUGAGAUCUCUCACAAUAGUGCCUUUGGCAACUGCAGAGCUAUGUGGAAUCGGUGGUUUGGAAUAUUUGCCAAUCUCCCUCUUGGCCUCCCAUACUCUAUAUCUUUCAAGAGAUACCACAUGGAUCAUCAUCGCUAUCUAGGAGGUGAUGGAAUUGAUGUGGACAUUCCUACUGACUUUGAAGGCUGGUUUUUCUGUACUCGUUUUAGGAAGUUCAUAUGGAUUGUUCUUCAGCCCUUUUUCUAUGCUAUUCGACCUCUCUGCAUUAAUCCCAAACCAAUUUCUCGAUUGGAAAUCAUCAACUUGUUGGCUCAGCUCUCUUUUGAUGUUGUAAUAUACUACUACUUGGGAAUUAAAUCCGCCUUCUACAUGCUUGCAGGAUCAAUACUUGGACUGGGAUUGCACCCAAUUUCAGGACACUUCAUAGCUGAACAUUAUAUGUUCUUAAAGGGACAUGAGACUUACUCCUAUUAUGGGCCACUUAAUUUGCUCACUUUUAAUGUUGGCUACCACAAUGAACACCAUGACUUUCCCAAUAUUCCUGGCAAGAACCUUCCAUUGGUGAAGAAAAUAGCAGCUGAAUACUAUGAUCAUCUUCCACAAUAUAACUCCUGGAUAAAAGUGCUUUAUGACUUUGUGAUGGAUGACUCAAUCAGCCCUUACUCACGCAUGAAAAGGAAAUUAAAGGGUGAUGUGAAACAGGAUUAAACUUCUGCCAACCAAAAGACUCUGCAAAGCAAGAUCUGGGAUAUUUUCAAGUAGCUGGUACAAGGAAUUCUUGCUAAAGAAGCUUAUUUGUAUCCUGAAUUACUAAAUUUCAGACAUCUACAAGAAUGCAUUAGUGUAUCCUAAAACAGACCUCUUCAGACUAAUUAGACUACCAUUCUAAUUAGACAUUAGCCUAAACAUUCUAACAGUCAUUAGUGUAAUAUACAAAACACAUGAUUUAAUAUGCUCAAUCUAUGUGUAAAAUAGUAUAAGUUUGUUUUAGAAUAUGUAUUUCACAGCUGCUAACAAAUCUUGUACUCAAACACCUGUUUCUGGCUUGUCUAGACCUAUAAAAGAUACUUCAAAAUAUUUACACUUCUGGCUUGUCCUAUGCUGCCCAUUCCAUGCUCAUAACUUAGUCAAUUAUGGUAUUAAAGUUCAUACUUGAUAAGCUUAAUUCUAAGCUAACAUUAACUUAAGUCUUGUUUCAUUAAAUGUGAUUUCAACUUAUUUCUGUCUCAACUUCUUGGGGGUGGGCAGUAGGGGAGAAAAUAACCAUCUAAACCGCAGUUAGUCAGUGAGUGAAUCUGCCUUGUUGGCUCAUUCACUGCUGAACUAAAGCAGUGGCAGAUCCAGGUUUUAUCAGUAAUGACAACUGUACUACCACUAGUAUUGAAAACUAAUUCAGGAGGCUGAGUACCAGGGGGUAGCUGGGUUAGUCUGUAUCCACAAAAACAACAGGAAGGCCCGUGGCAUCUUAAAGACUAACAGAUUUGUUUGGGCAGAAGCUUUUGUGGGCUAGAACCCACUUCAUCAAAUGUGUGGAGUGAAAAUUACAGAUGCAGGCAUUAUACUGACACAUGAAGAAAAGGGAGUUACCUCACAAGUAGAGACACUGCCAAUGAUGGUGCUGCCCCCACUUACCAUAAAAAAAAAAAUUAAAUUCCCAAGCUGCCUCUAGCUAGCUGGGACCCAGUCGUGGAUUGCUAAAAUCAGGUAGCCUGGACUUAACCCUACCCCUUCCAAAGAGGGAUCCUUAUGUCAUUAGCAUUUCCCAUUGGUUAGUGUAGGUGCUCCCUGCCUAGUGUACUUGUUUCUGUGGAUCCUAUUCUAAGAUGCCUCUCUUCCCCAUUCAUUGGGUAGGCAGCCUGCAGGCCUAAUUCAGCUUUGGCAAUUGGUGUUCCUGAGAUUGUUCAGGCAUCUGACAUUAGCUGCUCUGAUGCUCUGCAUUGCAAUGCCUGAGUCUCUUCAUAGAUCCCACCCUUAGGGCUGCCCUUAUGAUUGACAGAUUUUAUGACAUACUUAUUCCAUCUAGAAAAUGUAAUUACUUCAGAUAAUUAGGAAAAAUAUCACCUGAGGUAUACAGAUGACUAGGUGCCUCCUGAACAGGGAAAUAUAGCUAUUGUAACCAGUUUUUCAUAGAAUAUCAAGGUUGUAAGGGACCUCAGGAGGUCAUCUAGUCCAACCCCCUGCUCAAAGCAGGACCAAUCCUCAAUUUUUGCCCUGAUCCCUACAUGACCCCCUCAAGGAUUGAACUCACAACCCUGGGUUUAGCAGGUCAAUGCACAAACCACUGAGCUAUCCCUCAUUUGUGCACAUUUAAUGAUGAUAAAAUAAAGAAUUAAAAACUAAACUGCAUUAAUACAAAAACCUUUCCCAUAUAUUGUAGGUUAGUAUCUACUUAGAAAUAUGUCUGGAGAACAGGAAGUGGGCUCUGUAAAUUUCUGCAUCUUCUAAUCCUGCCUCUCUCCUUUUCACUGCCAUCUCUCUUUAAAAAAAAUGCAGAUACCUUAGAUAUGUUCUGUGAAGAAUAAUUGAUAUAAAAACAGAAAAUUAUGCUGAUGCCCCUUCUGCCAUUUUAGAGUGAUUGUUUAUAGGGCCAGAUUUCUAAAGGCACCAAGAGGGCUUUUUCAAAAGUGCCUAGUUGCACCUUUAAAAAUCUGACCCAAAACAGCAGUCCCAAACUUGCAUGUCUGUCAUCAAUUGCCUCCAUUAAGUGGUGGUCUUUACAACAGAGGCUGAAAAACCAUUUUGGCCUGUGUUUCCAUUCUUUUGCCCUUCUCAAGCCACUUUAAAAGGGUCUGAUUGCUAUAGGAGUAGAUGCUUAUUUUUUGAAUAGUGACCUUGUGAUUAUGGGUGCCCAACUUGAGUCACUUUUAAAAAUUUAGGCCUGUCUGAAUUUGGUUAAUUCAUAAAUAUUAGUGGCUUAAAUUUACAGCCUCCCUACAAAAGUUUAGGUACUUACAACAAAUUAACUUAUUUGGGGCCUAUGACAAAAUAGCUGGCUUAGUGUACCAUGUAACUGCAAUCACUUUUUUUUCCUAACUAUGCUUUCUUUACAGCAGUAUAGUCAGCUAAGUUCAGUACUUAAAGGUAAACCUAUAAAUAAAUGCUUUUGGAUAACACUGGAAAA